UAGGCGGAUAUAAGUUAUAUUUUGCUGGCUAAAUUUGUAAAACAGAAAAAAUGGAUACGGAAACUCCUCUACAGUUUGCACCAUUCAGUAGUGCACUUGACACUGGCUUUUGGCAAAAACUAUCUCAAAACAAAUUGAAUUUGUAUGGACUUGAUGAACAAUCCAAACCUGUCAGUGGUUUUUAUUUUAAUGGAGAUCCACCAGGAAUGACUCCCCGUCUGUCUGUUGACUUUUCAGCUUUUGACAGUGACCCUACAAUUACGCCUCGUUUUUUUCUGGCCCAUGGAACUCUUCACAACACAAACACUUUGCAGAAGUUUAAGGAGUGUGAUAAAAAAGAACUUCUGGACACUGAAGGCAAACAAAUCUGGGAAGAUAUUCAGUCUGGGAAAGUUCUACAAGAACCAGCUUACUUGGCUCGCUUUCUGGCCUUAACCCAUGCUGAUUUGAAGAAGUAUGACUACUACUACUGGUUUGCCUAUCCGUGUCUAGCAUUGCCCGAUGUUUUAAUAGUUUCCAACAAUACACUGGAUGAGACAUUUACGCCGAAACAGGUAGAAAAUCUGGUUUUGUCAUAUGACACAUUCCAGAGUGGAAAGAAGUCGUUCUGUGGGUAUUUCCUUGUUACGCAGAAUGGAGAAGAAAUACAGAUUGAUGACAUAUCGAAAACUGACCAGCUGAUUGAGAAAUCAAAACAGGAUGAGCUGUAUUUUGCAUUUGCUGAUCCCUGUACCCUGGAAAGUCAUCCUGGGUGGCCACUGAGGAACUUUCUUGCACUCAUUUCAUACAAGUGGGGAGAGUUAUUCGAAACAGUUAACAUUUUGUGUUUUCGUGAUCGGACACGUGAUGGAGUCCGUGAUAUUAAACACAGUCUGAUUCUAAAACUCAAAAUGCCAAAAGUUAAUCUCACAGAUUGUCCCAAAUGUGUUGGCUGGGAAAGGAAUGAGCGAGGGAAACUUGGACCUCGACAUGUUAAUUUAAGUUCAAGCUUGGAUCCAGCUAAGUUGGCUGAAUCGGCUGUUGACCUCAAUCUGAAACUGAUGAGAUGGAGGCUGUUACCUGACCUUAACCUUGACAUGAUUGGAAAGACCAAAGUUUUAUUGCUGGGAGCUGGAACACUAGGCUGCAAUGUGGCUAGAGGACUAAUGGCAUGGGGAGUGCGGCAUGUCACCAUGGUAGACAAUGCCAAGGUGUCGUACUCGAACCCGGUGAGACAGUCGCUGUUCACGUUUGAAGAUUGUUUGAAUGGAGGCAAACCUAAAGCUGUAGCAGCAGCCGAAUCCCUGAAGAAAAUAUUCCCUGGAGUGGAAUCGGUUGGUUUAUCUUUGUCAAUUCCCAUGCCUGGACACUCUAUAGCAGACAAAGCCUUGGACCAGACUGUGGAUGAUGUAAAGAAGCUGGAGGAGUUGAUAGACAACCACGAUGUUGUGUUUCUCCUGAUGGACACGAGAGAAAGUCGCUGGCUUCCCACUCUGAUUGGUGGCUCCAAGAAAAAGAUUGUGCUGAAUGCAGCCCUGGGCUUUGAUACAUUCCUGGUUCUAAGACACGGCAUCAAGACAGCAGCAUCGGAAUCAAAACAUGUUAUUCUUGGUUCUCCCAUCCCAGGCAACCAGCUGGGCUGUUACUUCUGUAACGAUGUGGUAGCACCUGGCAACUCAACAAGGGACAGAACUCUGGACCAGCAGUGUACAGUAACCCGACCUGGUGUCUCGAUGAUAGCUGGUGCGUUGGCGGUGGAGCUAAUGGUUUCCAUUUUACAGCAUCCUCAGAGAGCUGAAGCCCCAGCUGAUACCGGGGCAAACGACCAACAGUCUGAAGAUGACUGCUGUCUGGGAAUGAUUCCACACCAGAUCCGUGGUUUCCUGUCCCGGUUUCACCAUGUUCUUCCAGCAAGCCAAGCCUUUGACAAGUGUACAGCCUGCUCUCAGAUAGUGUUGGAGAAUUACGAGCGAGAUGGGUUCCAGUUUCUGCAGCGUGUGUUCAAUGAGCCGACAUACCUGGAGGAUCUCACAGGUCUCACACAGAUGCAGCAGGAGACAUUGGACGAUGAGGUGUGGUAUCUUAGUGAUGAAGAAACAGAACCCACCACUAUGGAGAUGUCUUGACAUCGUAACACAAAGAUGCAGAAAACAUCCUGAGUUGUUGAUUCUGAUGUUGUUUUGUGAUUUCUCAAAUGACUUGAUUCAGCAACAGAAAUACUCAUCAUGAACAAUUAGACAUACUGUUUCUUUCUUUUUUUAAACUAAUUUUUUUAUUAUAAUGGACAAAUGAGCCAUUACUUAACAUUAACAUUCCAUUUUUGUACAUUAUAAUGGCAGUGAUAGGUUGAAUUAUUCUUAGAAACUGAUAUUUAAAGAAAUUAGUCAUCAAUUUGUAGUAAUAAAUUGCAUAAAUAGCUUAAAUGGAAUUGUAAUCAUUGUAAGUAAACAUUGGUUUAUUUAAGAAAUUGAUAAAGAUUGGAAAUCAUACUUUUAGGGUCAUUAUUAAGACCAUAUUUAAGUGCAAUAUUUAUUACAUACCCAUUUAAUUUUACAAUAGUUAUAAAGACAAUUCUGAACAUGCAAUAAAAAAAUUUUUUAUUGAACACGUGUGAUACAAAAUCUCACAUGCAUAUUACGUGUUCACCCGAAUGAUGUCAUAUUUAUAGCCAGGAUGAUCAGCGUUCCGUUAAUUCCAUAAAUUUCAACCAACUUUCCAGGUGAAGUAAGUAUUUAAUUAAACCUUUUGUUAAUCAUAAUAUAAAAAGGGUAUGUAAUAAAUACAGAACCACAGACCAGUUGUUUUGCCAUUUUAUUUAUUGCACUUGUUUAUAGUACACAAGAUUUAUACCACUCGACCACUAUGCUAUCUCAUGGUAUUAUACUCUUGUGUAUUAUAAACAUGCGCCAUAAAUAACAUGACAAAACAACUUGUAUAUGGUUCUGUCUAUAUAACAUUGAUAUGACAAUGUCCAAAAUGUUUUUGAAAUCAUCGUUAGUUGUUCCCCAUGGGUCACAAAGCUUUGUAUUUCAAAUACAGAAAAUGACUUUCCCAUAUCCAUUUUGUACGCCAUUUGAUUUGUUAUUAAACAAAUUUGUUACCUC